AUUAAACAAGUUUUUGAGCUACCAUGUAGAUAUCUAGUAAUCAUAUCUAUGGUAUAAGAGCAGUAUUGUUUAUAACGUUUAUAAUUCAAUUAAUUUUAUUUUAAAAAAAUAAAUAAAUUAGUUUUGAGCUUCUGUCAUUUGUUUAUUGAAUAUUUCAGAAUGUCAGUAAUUCAAAAUAAUAUUGAAAGUGAAAUGGAGGAAGAUGAUGAAGAAGAAGAAGAAGACGAUGAUGAAGAUGAUGAGGAAUUAUUCGCUUUAAGAGAAAUGAAAAAUCAACUUCUCACAGAAGUUUGUGAAUUGAAAGAAAAAUUGAUUGCUGAAGAGAGACGACGUGAACUCGAAGCCAAUGCUAAUUUUAUUGGUAUACAAUUGAAAAAUGGCGAAGUCCCAAAAACUAACAAUAAGAGAAAAGAAAUUGAAUUCACCGAACGAAUACUUGGUUUUCAUUUUGAUGAUGUCAGUAAAACUUUUCUUCAAGAUGAUGUUUAUCAAUAUAAAGCUACUGUCACUAAAGGAGAUUUGAGAAUGAUUGUCGAACUGACAACUAGAAUGAAGAACAAGGAAAGCAGUGAAAUUCUCAAGAUUGAUACCCAUUUUCCUGAUACUGAAUUAGAUGAAUGUUACCGCAAAGAGAUAGAACCUUGGAUAAACAUGUUAACAGAAAUGAAAGAUUUUUCAUCUUUAAUCUUAGCUUUUACUAAUUACGUCGAUCAAAGUUAUGUACGAGGUAAAAUAUUAAAACGAUUGGAGAAGCGUAAAUAUGUAACACAAAAAUCAAAUUCAAAUGAAGAAGGUGGACUUAUUGUUAAUGUGUAUUCCCCUAAAAAUGUAGAUGAUAUCCAAUUCACUUUACAAUGGGCUACUCGAUUUUUAAAGAAAACUUGGCAAAUUGAACAUUUCUUUAUUAUGGAAUCCAAUGAUGAUGAAUCUUCAUUUGUCAAUAAACAUUCUAAAAUAUUGAAACAAUUUAGUCGAAGUACAUUGACGAAAACUGAUAUAGAAGAAAUUUGGAAUGAUAUAAUAAAUGCAAUUGAAAACGAGGAGCAAAUAUCUGAAUAAAUUGGCAUAAAGGUAAAAAAUAGUUAUUAACUGCAUAUAAUUAAUGUAUAGUUUUUAUAAACUUUUUGAAUAAAAAAAUAUGAGAUUUUCUUUAAAAAAA